CAGGCUUUAAGCUUCUUUGCUGCCUGUCUGUAACAACUGAAGCUGGAAACUGACUGACUCCUCAUCAGGUUCAUUUGAAGUAUAACUAACUUUCAAGUUCUGGUGGCAAAGGUAUCUUAAGACAAAAACUAUAGUUAUAUAUGGAUAUUGUGACUUUCAUUUGGGGUGUUGGAACGAAGCUGUGGGGGCCGGUUACUCAUCAGAUAGGCUAUCUGGUCCACUAUAAGAAGAAUUUGGAGAAUCUCAAAGCUGAAGUAGAAGCACUAGAGGCCUUAAGGAAAGAUAACCAAGAAUCUGUGCGAGCAGCUGAAAUGAAUGGAGAAGAAAUCAAAGCUCAGGUGCAGAUAUGGCUGAAAGGGGCUGAUGCAGCUAUAGUGGAGGUGGAGAAAGUGAUAGAUGAUUUUAAAUUGAACAAGAGAUGCUUGUGGGGGUGUUGUCCUGAUUGCACAUCGCGGUACAAGCUAAGCAGGAAAGCAGUGAAAGAUGCAGUCACCAUUGGUGAACUUCAAGAUAAAGGAAAAUUUGACAGGGUCUCGCUCCAAAUUAGGAAGCCCUUGGAGAUUGAGUCCAUGAUCUCCACGGGAGAUUUUGAGGCCUUCGAAUCAACUCAACAGGCAAUGAAUGAGGUCAUGAAGGCACUAAGGGAUGAUAACGUUAAUGUCAUCGGGGUCUAUGGAAUGGGGGGCGUGGGCAAAACAACCAUGGUGGAACAAGUAAGCGUGCAGGCCCGUAGAGAUGAACUGUUUGAUCAUGUGGUCAAGGCUGUUGUUUCGCAAAACAUCAACCUGAAGAUGAUUCAAGGUCAAAUUGCAGAUAUGUUGGCAGUGAAGCUAGACGAUGAGACUGAGGCCGGAAGGGCAGGCCAUUUGAAGGAAAGGAUAAUGAGAGGAAGGAGGAUCCUCAUAUUCUUGGAUGAUCUCUGGGGGAGAAUAGAGUUAGCAAAAAUAGGAGUUCCUAGUGGCAGGGACCUUGAAGCUUGCAAAUCGAAAAUCAUACUGACCACAAGGCUGGAGAAUGUGUGCCAUGCCAUGGAAAGCCAAGCAAAAGUCCCUCUUCAUAUCCUCUCUGAGCAGGAUUCUUGGAGGUUGUUUAGGAAGAAAGCAGGAAAUGCGGUGGAUUCCCCUGAUUUCCAUGACGUAGCAUGGAGGGUUGUCAAAGAAUGUGGGGGUCUCCCAAUUGCUCUAGUAGUAGUUGCAAGAGCACUGGGGGACAAGGACCUGGAAGAAUGGAAAGAGGCUGCUCGACAACUUGAAAUGUCGAAUCCUACAAAAGAUGAUCAUGAUCACACGGUUUUCAGAUGUAUAAAGUUUAGCUAUGAUUACUUGAAACAUGAAGACGCCAAGCGGUGCUUUUUGAAUUGUUGCCUGUUCCCGGAGGACACCAAUAUCAACAUCGAAGACUUGGUGAAGUAUGGGAUCGGGCAAGGGUUGUUUCAAAAUGCUAAUACAGUGGAAGAAGCAAGGGCUGCAGCAAGUUCCCUCCUCAAACAUCUUAAAGCUUGCAGUUUGCUGUUAAACAGCGAUCAAGAGGGGUGCGUGAAAAUGCAUGAUGUUGUCCGGGACACCGCCAUAUCAAUUGCUUCAGCUGGAGGUGAACUUGCCUUUCUUGUGCACUCUGGUGCUGCCUUAAAGAAGUGGCCAAGGAGGGACAGCUAUGAGGCCUACACAGCCAUCUCACUCAUGUCCAAUGAAAUCCAGGAUCUCCCUGAUGGCCUAGUAUGCCCGAAACUCCAGACACUGUUGUUGCAGAAUAACAUUGACAUUCAAGAGAUUCCUGAUGGCUUUUUUGUAAGGAUGGAAUCUCUAAGGGUCUUGGAUGUGAACGGUGCGGAUAUCUCAUCACUACCCUCGUCACUUGGGCUUCUGCUGAACCUUAGGACGCUUUGUUUAGAUGGAUGCAAGUCAACAGACAUAUCGAUACUUGGAGAGUUGAGAAAACUUGAGAUUCUCAGCCUCAGAGAAUCCUGUAUUGAGGAGUUGCCCGAAGAAAUAGGAAAAUUAGUCAGCCUAAGGAUGUUGGAUCUCACCAUGAGUAGCGACCUCAAAAGAAUUCGAAGUAACUUGUUAUUAAGCUUGUCCCAGUUAGAAGAAAUCUACCUGCAGGGUAGUUUUGGAGACUGGGGGAAGCCGAUUGAAGGGAUGGACCAAGAAACAAAUGCGGGGUUCGAUGAGUUGACACGGUUGCCUUACUUAAACACUUUGAAGGUGGACAUAACAGAUGCUGGAUGCAUUCCACAAACUGUUGUAUCCAAUCCAAACUGGGUAAAAUUCAACAUAUGCAUGAGCGAGGAGUUAUUCGUGCGGCUCAUGGAUGUGCAUUUGUCAAAAAUCAUGGCUGCUCGUUCAAGAGCCUUGAUUCUCAACACAACCUUCAACACCUUGCCAGAUUGGUUUAACAGCGUGGUGACUGAGAAAACCGAGAAACUGUUCUACAUACAUGGCAGUGGUUUACAUAACAUUAUUUCAGAGUAUGAUCAAGGCAGGCUAAAUGGCCUCAAGUCUCUCCUUGUUCAGAGUUGCUAUGGGAUAGUGCAGCUCAUGAAUACGGACAUCCAUGUUUUAAAUAGACCGGUUUUUGACAACCUAGAAGAGCUGCGUGUCCACAAUAUGGAUUACUUGAAAGUGAUAUGCGUUGGUGAACUACCACCCGGUUCAUUGCGGAAACUGAAGUUUUUUCAGGUGGAACAGUGUGAUGAGUUGGUUGGUGCGCUGCUGCAGCCAAAUUUGUUGCAAAGACUAGAGAAUCUGGAAGUUCUUGAUGUGAGUGGGAAUAGUUUGGUAGAAAUCUUUAGGUCUGAAGGGCUUGGGAAAGAACAAAUCUUGUUGAGAAAAUUGAGGGAAAUGAAGUUAGAUAAGCUGCCUCAGCUGAAGAACAUUUGGAAUGGUCCUGCUGAACUAGCAAUCUUCAACAAGCUCAAGAUUUUAACUGUGAUUGCGUGCAAGAAAUUAAGAAAUCUCUUUGCCAUCACUGUGUCUCGAUGUCUUCUGCAACUUGAAGAGUUAUGGAUCGAGGAUUGUGGUGGUUUAGAGGUAAUAAUUGGAGAAGAUGAGGGAGAAGCAUCCAGUAACAUGUCCCAUAAAUCAAGAGUGAAGGAGAUUAUUGAAAAACAGAAGGAAGAAGCAAUGGAGAAGAUCAUCUUACCGCAAUUGAAGAAUUUAUCUCUGCAAAAUCUUCCACUGCUCACAGGCUUCUACUCCGGAUUUGCAAGUAUUCAAUGCCCAUCCUUGGAACAACUGCACACGCAGGAUUGCCCGCUUUUUAGAGCUACCACAGAUGAAUUUCACAGCAGAAAGCAAGUCCAAGUAAAUAACGAGCAGCAUUUUCUCCUCCUCCGCAAAAGGCUUUGGGAGCUGAGACAAUUUUCGUAAGAGAAGAAUGAUACAAUACGGAAGGAAGAUGGACAAUACACAAUGAAGGACCGGGCAAAGCCAUGGGGUUAGCCACCAAGCUCGAGCCAAUUCAAACAAGUGGACUAGCAUUAUAACUGCCUGCAGGGAGAGUGGAUCGUUACCCUCAGUUAGAUGGGAACUAUAAUUAAUAUCUGAGCUCUCUAAUGUUGGUUUUUAUUCCUAUCCCUCAACCUACUACUUUCUGUACUGUCGGAGAAAUCCACCGGCGUAGCCAGCAAUUGCCUUUGGUGCACGUUCUCCUCAAUGCUAUUUUAUAGUCAGGUGUUGUUAGGAGCCAUUUAUCGUCCUUUGAGUUGGCAACCAUUAAACAUGCCUUUUGUCAUCCUUAGUUUCUCUUCGUAUAUGGCGCCCUUAGACAUAUUUCUUGAACACUAUAAAUUGCUUCCUAAUAUUGAUAAUAUUUCUAU